CUCACUCUCCUUCUCCUCUUCUAAAAUGUCUUCUCAUUAUUAUUUUCCAUGAAACCAAACACUACUCAACACAACAAUAUGAACAACUUCCUUUCUCAUCAUCAUAAUAUUCUUCUUCUUCUUCUUCUUCUUCUUUUUCUCUUGUCCUUUUCUUCUUCUUCUUCUUCGCACCAGCUCACUCUAAGACAGCAAGCUUCAAUCUUGGUUUCUCUCAAACACUCAUUCAAACUUUCCAACUCUUCUUCUUCUUCUUUCGAUAGCUGGAACUUAUCAAACACUUCCUCAGUUUGUUUCUGGCCAGGAAUCCAAUGCGACGACACCAAAAAAUCUGUCGUUUCACUCAACAUAUCCAACUCCAACAUCUCCACCACUCUCUCCCCACUCAUCACUCUCAUCCCAACUCUCGUAAACCUCUCUGUCUCAGACAACAACUUCUCCGGCGCUUUUCCCUUCUCCAACAUUCACCACCUCCCAAACCUUAGACUCCUCAACAUAUCCAACAACCUGUUCAGUGGAGAGUUGGACUGGGAUUUCUCUCGUUUGCAAAACCUGGUCGUUUUGGAUGCUUAUAACAACAACUUCAAUGGCUCACUUCCUUAUGGGGUCACCUUCCUUCCCAACUUAGCUUACUUGAACUUUGCCGGGAACUACUUCUCAGGCUCCAUUCCUCGCAGCUAUGGCAACAUGGGGAAGCUCAAGUUCUUGUCCUUGGCCGGAAAUGAUCUCAGUGGCUCCAUUCCCAGUGAGCUUGGGAACCUUACGAGCUUGGAACAGCUUUACUUGGGGUACUACAAUGAGUUCGAAGGAGGGAUACCAGGUGAGCUUGGUAAGCUUAACAAUCUCUUUCAUUUGGACCUUUCUAGUUGUGGUUUGGAGGGUCCGAUCCCUCCAGAGCUGGGGAACCUUAAGAAGUUGGAUACUCUCUUUCUUCAAAUCAAUCAACUCAGUGGCUCGGUUCCUUCUCAGCUUGGCAAUUUGAGUAGUUUGAGGUCCUUAGACCUUUCCAACAAUGGUUUGACAGGAGAGAUCUCAGUUGAGUUAGUUUCAGGACUAAGUGAGCUGACCCUUGUGAACCUUUUCAUGAACAAGUUUCAUGGAGAGAUUCCCAACGCCAUUGCUGAGCUGCCCAAGUUGGCAGUUCUCAAGCUUUGGCAGAACAAUUUCACUGGAGCUAUCCCUACUGAGCUCGGUCAAAAUGGUGAGUUGACUGAGGUUGACUUGUCAACCAACAAGCUCACUGGAACUGUCCCUAAGUCUAUGUGCUUUGGAAGAAAGCUUAAGAUUUUGAUUCUGCUCAACAACUUCCUGUUUGGUCCUUUGCCUAGUGAUCUUGGUCAAUGUGAGACUUUGGUAAGAGUACGAAUGGGACAGAAUUACUUGACAGGAACUUUACCAAAUGGGUUUCUUUACUUGCCUAAUCUUUCACUAUUGGAGCUACAAAACAACUACUUGAGUGGACAACUUGAGCAACAACAAAAGACACCCAAUAAGGUACCUUCAUCAAAACUCUCACUCCUUAAUCUCUCAAACAACCGCUUGUCCGGCCAAAUUCCCACUUCUCUUAUUGGCAACUUCUUGUCAAGCUUACAAAUUGUGUUGCUCACUGGAAACCAGUUCAGUGGCGAAAUCCCAUCUGAAAUUGGUCACUUGAAAAAAACUCUGUUCAAAUUAGACAUCAGUGGAAACAAACUCAGAGGAAAAAUCCCUCCCACCAUAGCCAACUGUGUCUUGUUGACAUACUUGGAUUUGAGCCAAAACCAGCUCACAGGCCCAAUCCCACCUGAGCUUUCCCAAAUCCACAUCCUCAACUACCUCAACCUCUCAUGGAACAACUUAAGCCAAGGCCUUCCCAAGGAGCUUGGAACCUUAAAGAGCUUAACUUCAGCAGAUUUCUCACACAACAACUUGUCUGGUCCAAUCCCAGAAACAGGCCAAUACCUCUUCUUCAACUCCACUUCAUUCAUUGGCAACCCCAACCUAUUCAGCAACAACAACAACCACUCGUUGUCCCCAUCAGAUCAACAGCACCCUGAUCCCGACAGCAACAACCAAAACGACGCCGUGUUGAGGUCUCAUAGCAAUGUCCCUUCAAAGUUCAAGCUCAUGUUCGCUCUGGGGCUCCUGCUGUGCUCGUUUGUGUUCGCCACCUUUGCCAUCGUCAAGACCAGAAAAUCAAGAAGAGGAAAAGAAGGGCACUCGUGGAAGCUCACGGCGUUUCAGAAGGUGGAGUUUCGAAGCUCAGACAUCCUGGAAUGUGUCAAGGACAACAACGUGAUAGGGAGAGGUGGAGCUGGGGUGGUGUACAGAGGGAACUUGCCGAGUGGUGAGCAAGUAGCGGUGAAGAAGCUACUGGGAUCGGCGAACAAGCUAGGAGGGUCAUCCCACCAUGACAAUGGACUAGCGGCUGAGAUUCAGACACUUGGCAAGAUCAGACACAGGAACAUCGUCAGAUUACUGGCCUUCUGUUCCAACAGAGAGACCAAUCUGUUGGUUUAUGAGUUCAUGGAGAAUGGGAGCUUGGGUGAAGUUCUUCAUGGGAAAGGAGGUGGGUAUCUGAAGUGGGAGACGAGGCUGAAGAUCGCCAUUGAAGCAGCCAAAGGGCUGAGUUACUUGCACCAUGAUUGCUCUCCAUUGAUUCUCCACAGGGAUGUGAAGUCAAACAACAUUUUGUUGAAUUCUGAGUACGAGGCACACGUGGCGGAUUUUGGACUUGCCAAGUUUUUGCGAGCUGACAAUGGAACUUCCGAGUGCAUGUCUGCCAUUGCUGGUUCAUAUGGCUACAUUGCUCCAGAAUAUGCAUACACGUUGAAAGUGGACGAAAAGAGUGACGUGUAUAGCUUUGGAGUGGUGCUGCUGGAGCUGCUGACUGGUCGAAGACCGGUGGGAGAUUUUGGAGAAGAAGGAGUUGUGGACAUUGUUCAGUGGGCUAAGACUAAGACCAGUGAUCAUCAUCAUCACCAUCACCGUCGUCGUUCUCAAGAUCUGACCAAUUCCAUAACCAGUAGCAGUACAAGUAGUCAAGAUGAAGGAGUGGUGGUGGUGAAGAUGUUGGACCAGCGUUUGAGUCGAGACGAGACUCCAUUGGAGGAAGCCAUGCAAGUGUUCUUCGUCGCAAUGUUGUGUGUUCAGGAGCAGAGCGUAGAGCGCCCCACCAUGAGAGAAGUUGUUCAAAUGCUUGCUCAAGCUAAACACCCUUCCUUCCACUUUUAACAUCCAAUAAUCACAUAAAUAUAAUAUAUUUUGGGAGCUUCUUAGGUAAGAGUACGGGCAUUUUCUAUUUUCAGAUUUCUCGGGAAAAUUAUAAUCUAAUUUUUUUAAAUGAUAAUGUAUAUGAUAAUUAUGUUAUGUAAUUUUGUUAAUUUUCGAGAGAUUUUGAAUAAUUUAUAGUAUCGAAAUUAGAGUGUGA